CAUUUUAUUUUAUUUUCUUUUAUGUUACUGAAAACAACAUUUUUUUUCGCUUAGUUUUUUCAUGCGUUAUUAUCAUGAAUCGUGUAAAUCAUCAUUAUAAUUAUAAUUAUCAUUUUCGAAAAAAUUCAUUCAUUUGGUUCUUAUUUUUAUUCUUGUUUGUAUUGCCAUUAUUUCAUACGUAUCAUCAUGAUGGAACAAUUCGUACCAAAUUUUCUCCAAUAACAACAUCCAAUGACAAUAACAGCGACUAUUCUAAUGUUGUUGCUGUUGAUGAUAAUGAUGAUUUAGAAAUUGUUACAAAUUUUCCAUCAUCAAAAUUAACGGAAAAUAUAUUUUUUAACAAUGAUUUUGCUAACAAUAUUGUCAUGACGGAAAAUAGUAAUGAUAAUAAUAAUGAAAAACUUUAUACAUAUGAUGAAAUUGUUGGCGAAAUGGAAAAAGUUACCGAAGAAUUUUAUAAUGAACUAAUUCAUAUUAGAAACAUGUUACCAUCACCGCCUCCACUUUCAAUGACAACAGCAACGAAUAAUGAUGGUGAUGAAGAGAAUGAUGAGGACAUUGUUGAACCAGCUCGUAGAAGGCGUAGAUCAAUACAUUCAGACGAUUAUUUUGUUCCAGAUUUCAUUCGUGAUGGAAUACAAUUGAUUUCAGAGAUUGUUCCAAUAGACGAAGAUGGUGGCGUCGAAGACCAAAAUAAUGUUGAUGGUGAUCCAAAAGGCCAACGACAAAAUGAAAGACCAAUCAAACGAUUGCAGACAAUUUGUUCGAAAAAAGGAUUCAUAAUCGAUUUUGUUCUUGUCAAAUUUAAUCAUAAUCAAUAUAUUGUUUGUCUGAUAAAAGAAGCAAAUAGUGAUAGUCAAAAACAUCAACAAACAAUGAAAAUGUCUACAACAGAAAAUAUAACAGAUUCGAUACAACAAAACAAAUUAUUUUUUGGUGCCAUUGAUAACAACGAUAAAAAAAUGGACAACGUCAAUGAACUAAAAUCAACGGCCAUAAUGCACGAAUACACAUUGUUUGAUAUGAUUAGACCGAAAAAAAUUUUAGCAUUUGUCGAUAAACGUCGUUCACCAUUGUCAUCAACUAAUGACGAAGAGAUAUUAGUUAUCAUUUUGGUGAAUGAAAAACGAACAAUAAAUGAACAGAAUAUCAAAUGGAUACAGGUCGAUAGUAACAAUAAAAUAAUUUAUCAAAAUCAUUUGGCUAGUUUAAAAAGAAUUUCGACAACAAAUGUGGCCAUCUGGGAAAAACGCCACCUGAUUAUUGUACAUGAUAUAUUUGAAGGCGUAUUGAAAUUGUUCAAAUUUGUUGGAACCUAUUUUGAUCAUGUUGAAUUUGUUUGGCCAGUAACCAAUGAUUUGAAUGCCAUUUAUGCAUUCACAUUAAGUGGAAUAUCUUAUCUAGCAUUAGGUUAUGGUCAUGACUCGAAUAGCCAAAUGCCUAAAGAUGUUUCUAUUCUACGAUAUAAUGAUUAUAUGGAACGAUUGGAACUCAUUCAAUCGAUUCAAUGUAGUGAAAAAGUGAUCGGUAUUGAAUAUUUUAACAUUGGUCAUGGCAUUAAUCAGGAAAAUUUUUUAGCCAUAAUUGAAGUGAAUCAUAUUGUUAUGUAUAAAUUUUUAAAAUCUAAACAUGAAUUUAUUGUAUUUCAACGCAUUUCAUCAGGACCGAUUCGUCAUGUAAAUGCAUAUGGUGAUGUAAAUCGAAUGUUCGUAAUGGCUAUUAUUCUACAAAGUAAUGAUAUUUAUUUUGUCACGUAUAAUUCAUUGCGUUUUAUAUAUUCACCAAUCAAUAUUCGAGUUUAUGUUAAUCCUAUGCAACCAAUUUAUUUGAAAAGAAUUUUCAAUUCAUAUCAUCUGGAACAAUAUCAAUCUAAUUCUGAUGAUGAAAAAGUUUCGCCAUCGAACAGCGUUUAUCUUAUGAUUGGUGCAAUGAAUGGAAUCCGAUUAUAUUCGAUUCGUUUUUUUCAUGAUAAUAAUCUAUUCAAAUUAUGGACUGAUCAUUUGAAUUGGUGUCAUAUAAAACGAAAUGAAAUUGCAGAUCUAGAAAAACAUAGUACUCGAAUCGAAAAACGUUUCCACGAAUCAUAUUUCAAAUCGGACCCAUUAAUAAUUCGUGGUACACUUGCCGUGCCUGAACAUUAUGGAACUAUUGUCGAGACUGAUAAUUAUCGUCAUGUGAAUAAUGCAUUCACAUUAAAUAGUGAAUAUUUUAACGAAUUAUCAAGCAUGAAACGCCAAUUGAUUUCGAUUGAAAAAGAGAUACAAAAAGGCCAUGAAUUACUUACAUCAAAUGCUGUUUUUAUUAAUUCAGCACAAGUACAGAUAAUUAUCGGAAAUUUUUCAUUUUAUUCAUUGUCCAUAAUGAAAUAUGAUGGUAAUCACAUAAUUUCUUCAGUGUCGAAUCAUCAUCAAUUAUAUUCAGUAAUACCAUCAAUGAUUGAAUUACCUACAACAAUGAACAUAAUCACCGAUUAUCUCAAUGGUAAAAUGAUUCGUGAUUUAUAUUUUGAAAUCAUCAAGAUUCGAUUAUCUGAUUAUAGUAAUAAUAAUUUACAAUUACAAAUUAAUGAGCCAAUGUUUUUUGACUAUAUUGAUCAAGUAAAUAGUUCAAUUUGGUUAAAUGCAUUAAUAAAUGAAAGAUAUAAUGCGACAAAUAUUGUAACAGUUAAUGGAAAUCAUAUGAUAACGGGUCAUAAACGUUUCUAUCGAACAUUGAUUGUUGAUGAUUUAAUUAAUGCUCAAUUUGUCAAUGGUAAACGUUUCGAUUCUGAAAAUGUUUUGCUAACUAUUGGUGAACAGCGUAUACUAAAUUCCGUGCAUGUUGUAAGUCAAAAAUUACGAUCCGGACAAAUAAAUGCAAUCAAUGUGAAUGGAAUGGAUUUUGAUUCGUUUCUAUAUUCGAUCAUUAGAAUAGAUCAGCCAUUUUCAUUGACAAUGCCUAUUGAAUUUGCAAACAAAUUAAUUGUUAAUGAUUUGAUAAUCGAAUCGGGUGGUCGUUUGAAUGAGCUUGAUAUCGAAGAAAUUUAUGAUCAAGCACUAUGGUUAAAUAAACCGAAUCAAACAAUAACCGGUGAUUGUUAUUUUCAAUAUAAUCUAUCAAUAUUGGCUAAAUUAAAUGUACGAAGAAUAAAUAAUCGAAAUAUACCCGAUGAUUUUAUACGAACAGAUCAGUUCGAAACGAUUGUUGGUCAUAAAAUAUUUAAUGAUCAAGUUUAUAUUCAAAAUUUGAACAUAUCAAAAACAUUGAAUGGUUUGGCAUUGAUUGAUGACAUGCCCGAUAUUGUGAUCAAUGAUGAUGAUGUAGAACAAAAUAUAACUGGUAAAAAAAUUUUACAUAAUCUAUCGAUUCGUGGUAAUAACAAUAGCUACAUUGGCGGACUACUGAAUGGUAUGAAUAUUGGUGAGCUGGAACAACGAAGUCGUCGUCGGCCAUCAAUAUCCUAUAUUGAUACAUUACAUAUCGAAAAUAUUGCCCGUUUUGAAGGUGGCUUAUGGUUUGAAUCAAUAAAUUCAAUUACAAAACAACAAUUUCAUAAAUUAGUAGAAGAAUCAUUGACUUUAGACGAUCAAUGGUCAAAUUUAGCAUUAGAACAUGUUCAUUUUGAUCGUCUUCAUGUUAAUUAUCUAGAUUGUAAUACGAUCAAUGGUAUCGAUUUAGCUAAUGAUUUGUUAACCCGUACGACACCGCAGAUGAUAAAUUUGGCUCAAUAUUCAUUUAGUGAUAUUGAAUUUCAUGGAUAUACUAGAAUCGAUCGUUUAAAUAAUUAUAGCAUGACAAUCAUGUUGGAUAAUGUUCUGAAAAAUUCUGGCGAUCAAUUAGUGAAUGGAACUAAAGAGAUUCAUGGUGAUGUUCAUGUGCAAUCAUUGAUUAUUGAUUCUUAUAUCAACGAUAUUCCAAUCGAUGAUAUCGUUUUUAAUAAUGAUGUUGAAAAUUAUGGUCAAACAUCCAAAUGGAUAAACGGAAUCAAACAAUUCAACAAUCAAAGAAAUUCUAUAAUAUUCAAUUCUCUAAUAAUUGGUGAUCUAAUCGUGGAUAGUAUAAACGAUAUUAAUAUGAAUGAAAUAAUCAACUAUUCAAUUCGUCGUCGUGAAUGGCAAAACAUUUCGAAAGAAUUUCGUUUCAAAUCAUUGGUAAUCGCACCGAAUGAAGAAUUUACAAGCCCAUCAAUAAAUGGAAUUCCAUUGAAAUGGCUUGAGAAUGAUAUUGUAACAGCACAUCCAACGGCAAAACAGUGGCAGAAUAUAUCGGCCCCCAAAUAUUUUAUUGGUCAAGUCAGUUUUGAUCAGAUUGAAUUUGAUCAUCUAUUUGAUGAUAUCACCGUUUAUGAAAUGCAAUACAAUUGGUUGAUCAAUGGACAUGGAUGGUGGUCAUCACAGCCACGACAUUUACAAGCAAAUUUUUCCAUCGAUCAUCUAACUGUACAGAACGUUUAUAUUCAUAAUGGUCAUCUGAACAAUAUUGAUUUGAAUCGACUAUUCGAUGAAGUUGUUUGGUUAGAUCGUAAAACAUCUAUUCUAAGUGAAAUUGAAUUCUUUGGAAAUGUCAAAGUCAUGGGAGACAUUCUUCUGAAUGGACGCCUGAACGAAAUCGAUUUAAGACAAGACGUCGUACUGAGUAGUAAUUAUACAGGAGCGCAGAAAAUCAAAGGAAAUAUUCAUUUUGUCAACAAUGUAACUGUAAUGAAAGAUCUAAAUGUAAAAGGUUUAAUCAAUAAGAUCGAUAUUGAUUAUUUUUGCGGGCAAGUUUAUAAACCAUCAUAUGAAACAGCUAAACCAUUAGUGAUCAAUGGAAAUGUUGAUUUCUGGGCACCAGUACAAUUCGAAUUGAUUAAUGGAUUAUCGUAUGAUGAUCUUAAUGUUCGAGCAUUAAGACAUGAUUAUAAUGGUCAAAAAAUUAUUGGUAAAAAAAUGAUUGAUAUACUCGUAUUGAAUGGACCAACUAUUGUUAAUGGUUAUAUAAAUGAUUUAAAAUUGGAUUAUAUAUUCGACCAUUAUAUGAGCGUAACACGCGAUCAAGAAGUUCAGACAAAUCUAGUGUUGCGUAACGUACGAUUUGAAGAUGAUGUACAAGUGAAUAAUCUACAAUCGGAUACGGAUAUUAUUAAUGGUGUAGAUUUAGGACGUAUAAAUCAUUAUGCAUUAAGACAAUAUGGUGAUCAAACAUACGGUGGUAAUAUACAUUUUGAUACCGAAAUUAUUAUUGAUAAACAUUUGAAUGCUAAAUGGAUCAAUGAAAUCGUAACCGAUCAACUGAUGCAUAAAAAACGUUCGAUCAAUACGUUUACUGAAGAAAUUGAAUUCACACAGGAUUUAAAUGUCAAUCAUAGUAUGACUGUGAUGAAGGGUAGAAAAAUUUCCAAUAUCAAUAUUGAUCGUUUUUUAAACGAUGCUGUACUUGCACAAAGUGAUAAAAAUUAUACCAUUUAUGGCAUGAAAACAUUCGACAAUGUUGAUGUUCAUAUACUACAUACGCGACCAUUGAAUAAUGUUACUAUUUCACGUGAAAAUCUUUUACUCAAAUCAUUCGAUCAAACUGUUCAUGGCCUAACAAUUCUGUCGGGAGAUGUUCUGAUUAAUACGACAUUUUUGGUUGAAAAAAUCAAUGAUAUUAAACUAAAUGAUCUGAAACAUCGUCUAGUCAAAAAGAAUAGUGACAAUAUUAUCAAAACAAAAGUCCGUGUUAAUGAAUUAUUCGUGAACAAUGUUGAUGUGCAAUCAUUUAUUGAUAAUGUCAACAUAACGAUAUUGAAUCAUUUUACAAAUACUACAAAUUAUUUACGACAAAUGGAUCAUGAUGUUCGUCAGGCACGCUUACAUUUGGAUUCGGUGCGGCAAAAUCUUCAGGUCAUUGGCUCGAAAUUGUUAUAUUUUGAUCGUUUAUAUGAAAUUGAUCUGGAUAAAGAUUUGAAUCUAAUUCAUGAUGAUCAUCCUUCAAUGCCAUUAUCUAUUACAAUGCUGUCGAAUUCUUGGAUUUGUAUAUUUCAAUCUUCCGUGUUCAGUCUGAAUUCAUUAUCAAUAUGCAAUCAGAUUGAUGUUUAUUGUAAUUAUAACAAUCAAACUGUUAACAUUUGGAAACGUCAUCAUACUUUUUAUUAUCCUGGAACGUUAUUAGCAUUUGAACAAAUUGACAAUGUAUGGUUAUUAUUUUCAUACUUGAAAAAUUCAUUCCACAAAACAUAUCUACUUGAAUGCUUACGAUUGAAUGAUAUUUCAACAUACACUAAUUCAUCGUACGAUAGCAACAAUGGUGAUGGUAUUUGGUUUCAAAGUCUACGAUUUUUCAGUCAAACAAACACUUUUCAACAGAAUCAUCAUCAUCUAAUGCCUUUAAAAGUUUCACUAUUUGCUAAUGAUAAUCAUCAACAGUAUCGAAAGCAAAAUCCGAUUAUGGAUCAAAUGAUUUUAGCACUUGAUCAGACACCGUCCUACGCAAUUCUAGCCAAUGAUGAUAUUUUGAAUAUUUUACAUAUUGGUCAUAUGAAUCGUAUUGAAAUUUAUCCAAUCAAAGAUGGUCAAUACAGAAUGUAUGGUCGAAUACAAUCGAUUUAUCGUUGGCAGAAUUUGUUAUUGGUUUCAAUUAAUCAUCCAUAUGAAUCACGUUUGGAAAUUUUAACUGUAGAGGCAGAUUUCAAAAUGCAAACAUUGGAUACAAUAGUCAAUGUUUGUCCAGAACAUAUGGUCAUAAUGGCUAAUCGCCAGAUUAGUUCAAGAAAUUCAUACCGGUCGGAUAAAAAAUUUGGCCUUAUAUUCUAA